AUGAAUCUGAACGGUUUUCUUCUGGUUUCUAUAAGUUUACCAGUUCUGCAAUUCUAUAAGUUCAUCAGUUUACCACUUCUUCUGGAGGAACUAAAAUCUGUUGAAUGCCUCCAACCUGCUUCCCGAUGCUGCAAAGAGAUUGCUGAUUUUGUGACUGCGAAUCCAGAUCCAUUAAUACCAACAAAUCGAAAGAAACGACGAUCCUGUCUCUUUUGGAAAUGGCUCUGGUACCAUCUUCUCUUUACUUUUCAUUUCUUGUUUACCAUUUUCAAGAGAAAUGCUGCUCUACUAUUAAGAUAAAAUUGCUUCAAACAAAGAAAUUGUUAGCACUAUUGAACUGAGAACAACUUCCCAGGAAAUGUAAAAUAUGUUGUGCUAAAAGAUCAUGAAGCAUUUGAAUUACAUUUUGUGCUUGGUUCCUAAAAUAACAAGUUAACCUUCACAUUUGAUUAGCAGUAUCUUUGUCCUCUUCUUUUCCCUCUGUAAUGCAAUAUCAAUCAAUUAGACAUAAUGCCCAAACUUCCUAAUAUGACAUAAGAUUGUUUGUGGUACAGUGGAAUGCCUGUUUUUGUUUGUCAUCGAUUUGCUGUUGCUGCUGUUGUGAUGGGUGCUCUCUUCACCUAGAAAUGCCACGCUGCUCCUGCUGCGGUUUAUGCAGCGGUAAAUGCUGUGGUUUAUGCAAGGAUUCAUGCUGCAGUCCAUGUAACUGUAAUUCGUGUUUCAGUUGCCCUUGACUACCAAAGUGGCAAUUCCUGCUCAACAUUUUCCCCAGAUAUACAACAAAAAUAGCUACAACCAAAAAUUUGAAGGGAAAGGAAUCAGUUUCCCAUAUCAAAAAAGUUCAUGCAAUCGAGCUUGGCAAGUUAUCUGCCGUUUCAUUAACUUCCUUGUAGCUAGAUAAGUCAUUGAGUUGUCCCAGCCAGUGUCACAGAAUAGGCUCUUUGCAGAUUAACUAAGCUGGAAUAAGAAGACCCUUGAACAAACCCCAGACUUCAGCUUUCAUGAUUGUACCAAGAGCAA